AUGGGGAUCGAAUAUCCACUCCGUGUUCUUCUCAUUGGCAAUGGUGGGAGAGAACACGCAAUUGCGUGGAAGCUCAGCCAGUCGCCUCUAGUAGAGUCAAUUAUAGCUGUUCCAGGAAAUGGAGGCACAGCGACAUGCCCUAAAGUCACCAACAAUACUUCAGUAUCUGCCGAAGACUUCCCAGCUUUACUCGAACUAGCAAAAUCAAAUAACCUCAAUUAUGUGAUCCCUGGUCCCGAGGCUCCUCUUGUCGCAGGAGCUGUUGACUUCUUCGAAAAUGCGGGCAUUAAGAGUUUCGGUCCCUCAAAAAAGGCUGCACAGAUGGAGGGUAGUAAAACCUUCUCUAAGGACUUCAUGAAGAAGCAUAAUAUACCAACGGCCGCAUACGAAAACUUCUCCGACUACGACAAGGCCCGGGAAUACCUCGACCGCGUGCAACACGACGUAGUGAUCAAGGCAAGCGGACUAGCUGCUGGAAAGGGUGUUAUUAUACCCACAUCGAAAGGGGAGGCACACCAAGCUCUCAAGGAUAUUAUGCAAAAUAAGGAAUUCGGGUCUGCGGGAGAUGAAGUCGUUAUCGAAGAAUUCUUAACUGGUGACGAGCUAAGCAUCCUGACUUUCAGCGAUGGUUACACAAUAAAAUCUCUACCCCCUGCGCAAGACCACAAGAGAAUAGGGGAGGGAGACACAGGUUUGAACACAGGUGGUAUGGGAUGCUAUGCGCCGACUAACAUUGCUACACCGGACCUUGUGGCCCAAAUCGAUCGUGAUAUUAUCCAGCCAACUAUCGAUGGCAUGCGCAAGGAUGAGAUGCCUUUUGUCGGUAUCCUUUUCACCGGGCUCAUGAUCACUUCGACUGGUCCCAAGGUUCUUGAGUACAACGUCAGAUUUGGUGACCCAGAGACUCAGACUGUCCUGCCUCUAUUAUCGCAAGACACAGAUCUAGCUAAGAUUAUGGUGGCCUGUUCAGAGCACUACCUAGACAGCGUCCUUAUCAACAUCGAACCUAGAUUCAGCGCAACCGUCGUCGUUGCUGCUGGUGGUUAUCCCGAGUCUUACGCAAAGGGUGACGAGAUAACCGUCCAAACCCCUCCUAAAGACAUCAACAUCUUCCACGCUGGCACGAAACUAGCAAAUGACAAGUUGCAAACAGCGGGUGGCCGAGUGAUAGCCGCUAGCGCUACUGCUGCAGAAAGCCUCCGGGCUGCCGUAGACAAGGCUUAUGAAGGAGUAAAGCUCAUCCAGUUCAACAAGAUGUACUACCGGAGGGAUAUUGCACACCGUGCCUUCAAGCCGACGGCCGAUACUAAAGAAGCCCUGACAUACGCAGAAGCAGGUGUUAGCAUUGACGCCGGAAACCAGCUCGUUGAGCGAAUACGAACCGCCGUCCGAUCAACUAGGCGUGCUGGCGCCGACGCUGAAAUCGGUGGCUUCGGAGGUGAAGUUGACUUGUCCAAGGCUGGCUUUUCGAGCGAUGCGCCCAUAAUGGUUGGUGCUAUCGACGGUGUUGGUACUAAACUCAUGAUCGCGCAAGCCACUAAGAACCAUAGCACCGUAGGAAUCGAUCUGGUUGCCAUGAAUGUCAACGAUCUCGUCGUCCAAGGCGCUGAACCAGUCAUGUUUCUCGACUACUUCGGCUGCAGCCGCCUCGACCCCGAAGUUGCUGCCGUAUUCGUUGAGAGCGUUGCCGCUGGGUGCCGUGAUGCUGGAUGUGCUCUAGUCGGUGGUGAGACUGCUGAGAUGCCGGGUAUGUACAAGGAGGAGGACUACGAUGCUGCUGGUGCUGCCAUUGGCGUCAUGCGCGCAAGCAGCCGGCUUCCACGUCUCGACGCCAUGGCCGACGGCGACGUACUUCUAGGUCUUGCCUCCUCCGGUGUUCACUCCAACGGAUUUUCCCUCGUCCGCCGCAUCCUUGCGCGCGAGAAGCUAGACUACGCAAGCCCCGCCCCCUGGGACUCUUCUGCCAAGAAUGUAGGCGAGGCCCUCCUAACACCAACCCGCAUCUACGUCCGCUCUGUCCUGGCCUCGCUACCACAACUCAAGGGUCUUGCACACAUCACCGGCGGCGGCCUCACCGAAAACGUGCCGCGCAUGCUACCCUCUCGCCUUGCUGCCGAGAUCGACGUAAGCACGUGGCAACUUCCUCCUGUAUUCCGCUGGCUGCGCGCCGCGGGUAACGUUGCGCCUACGGAAAUGGCGCGAACGUUUAAUACUGGCGUGGGUAUGGUCGCUGUUGUUAGUCCCGCCGACGCGGAGGCUGUUACGCAGAAAUUUCAGGAGAACGGAGAAACAGUGUAUACUAUUGGCAAGUUAACGGCUAGAGCAGAGGGAGCGCCGGGUUGUGUGUUGAAGAAUCUGGAUUCUUGGAGUUAG